AAUAAAUGCUCAUGAUUUUUUUGUCGAAUCGCGUCGUUUAGGUCAUUUUAUUCUUGCAUGGAGACUGAAGACGUAUAUCGGAACUUUGCCUUCAGUUUAUGUUAGCUAAUGAGUUCUAGUAUUUAGACUUCGAUCUGUGGAUAGAACAAUUACAAAAUGCUAAGCUUUAUAUGUUGGUAUUCAAAUCCAUAAGGUUGGGGCUUUAAUGGGAAAUGUCCAAGAUUACUAUGCUUAGCUUUGUUCCGUUUACUGUAUUACUACAAUAAUCUCUGAUGCAUGUACGAGAGGUAAGGUUACUUCAUGUUAUCGAGUUGUUUGCAUUAUACGCUGCGUGCAUCUGGAAUGCCAAAUUACAUCGAGCGAUCAAUGUGUUUUAGUUUGAAGGUGGAAGUCUAUGAUCAUAGAGUCGAUAUAAAGCCAUUUAUCCUUGCCAUUUUACGUGCUAUUUCGUUUUCUUAACAUAGUGUGAUUGAUAACUGUUUGAAGAUUAUAGCGGCAACUGUGUCAAGUGAUCCGACGAAAUAUUCCGAGGCGUUUCUUGGAAAGGCAAAUGCAGAGUAUUGUGCAUGGAUUCUUGAUUCAGACAAGUGGGGAGGAAAAGAACUACUCUGAGAGAGUCAUGCUGAUCUAUGACGGCCUCCACUAUGAUGCAUUGGCUAUGUCUCCGUUUGAGGGAGCCUCUGAGGAGUUUGAUCAGACUAUAUUUGCCGUACAGAAUGAUAGAACCAUCGGGCCAGUUGAAGGUCUUGCACUAGAUCUGGUUAAAGAUCAACAAUGGAAUAGGAGCUACACCGACACGGCCAAUUUCAGUUUGCGUUGCGGUGUAUGCCAAAUCGGAGUGGUUGGCCAAAAGGAGGCCGUGGAGCAGCACAAGCAACAGGCCAUGUGAACUUUCAAGAAUAUAGAUGAUAGAAACCGGAGAGGUUAGUUGCAUUAUUAACCUCUUUUUACCUACCUAGUCGUCGAACUUGUAUCAAUUGGUCGAUAAAUCUUCUCACCGGAUCCUCCGGGAAGAAAACGGAGGUUGUUGCUGUUGCAGUUGUUUUAAGAACUGUUGUAGGAUCGAAGUUGUGCGAGAAUCAUCACAGCAAUGAAAAAUAUUGAGUUACAUUCAUGGAAUAAUAAAAGAAUCAUACAUUGA